AUGGAUGCGAGGCACCUGGGCUCCUUGCUCCUUCUGCCCCUGCGGGUGGCGUUCUUCACCCUGAGGGCGUGCGUGAACCUGCUACUGCUGCGCCGCGCGCGGAGGGACUUGCGGGGGGAUGUCGUGCUCAUCACGGGCGGGGGACGAGGCAUCGGCCGCCACCUGGCGCGCGAGUUCGCCCGCCGGGGGGCCCGGAAGGUGAUCCUCUGGGGUCGUACGGAGAGGUGUCUCAAGGAGACCUGCGAGGAGAUCUCGCUGAUGGGCACCGAGUGCCACUACUUUGUGUGCGAUGUGGGCAACCGUGAGGAGGUGUACCAGCAGGCCAAGGCACUAAGGGAGAAGGUGGGGGAUGUAACUAUUCUCGUAAACAAUGCAGCUGUGGUUCAUGGCAAGAGUUUAAUCGACAGCGACGACGAUGCCCUGCUGAAAUCGCAGCACAUAAACACACUGGCGCAUUUUUGGACCACAAAAGCCUUCCUGCCCCGGAUGCUGGAGCUGUGCAAUGGACACGUGGUGUGCAUCAACUCUAUUCUGGCUCUCUCUUCCAUCCCGGGGACCAUCGACUACUGCACGUCCAAGGCAGCAUCCUUCGCUUUCAUGGAGAGCCUAACCCUGGGGUUACUGGACUGCCCCGGUGUGGGCUGCACCACCGUGUUGCCCUUCCACACCAACACAGAGAUGUUCCAGGGCAUGAGAGUCAGGUUCCCAAGGCUCUUCCCGCCCCUGAAACCUGAGCUGGUGGCCCAGCGGACAGUAGAGGCGGUCCAGAGCAACAAAGCCUUUGUCUACCUGCCGUGGACUAUGCGUGUCCUCGUCAUCCUCAAAAGCUUGCUGCCACAGGUCGCUUUUGAAGAAAUCCACCGUUUCUCAGGAAGUUACACCUGCAUGAACACUUUCAAGGGGCGGACAUAGCGGGAUACCUCUCCAGCCCAAAGCGGCAUCUUGGGACAAGGUGUGAGGAAAAACUGGUGGGCAGGAAGGACACCCUGGGACACCACUGAUGACGGAGUUUCGGGAUGGCAGCGGACACCAGUGGUGGACCUCUGGACACUUUGGAGUUUGUGAAACCCCACAGCAAGUCUAUAGAAAGGUCUUUGGAUCUGAAUUACUUGACUGACCGUAGAUCCACGGCUGUCCAGCUCCUGGCCGUGGGCCCUCCAGCAGAACUCAACUAAUGUGACAUUUCAGCUGAAAUGCUGAUUUUCUGGAAGAGGGACCCAAUGGUGUUCAGAACCUUCAGCAUGCCGGACAAGUCCUCCUGAAAGGACUCAAUUUCCAUUUUCUCACUUUAGACUAGACACUUGCUUUUGCAGUAUCUUUACUUUUUUUACCGAAUGAUUUUACAGUUGAGUUUUAAAGUAAAUAUAAUUGUAUUUGAGUUUGGGUGAUAUGUUUGUUAUCGAUACAGGGUGCGUGUUCAGUGCAUGCUGACGGGGCUCAGAAAGGACCUUGUGCGUAUGCGGGCGUGUGUGCGGUCAAGGUUCGUCAAAGCCGGCAGGGACCUCCACGGGUCACCGCCGCUUUGCCAGCCGUGAACUCAUCGUGCAUUUUGUAGUGCUGUCAUAACGCGCACUCCGUACGAAGAAGACUCUGCAGUUUGAUGGCUGUUAGGACUUUUUUUAUUAUUUUUUUUUGAUGUUGGCUUUUGGGCAGUGGAACACUAACAAUAAACAAUGAGGGUUUGACCUCCUCUUUGGCAAACCAGGCGGCCCCCCCCUCCCUGCCCUUCCAGUCACGGUCACUGGCAGGCGUGUCGGCCCUGCAAAGGUGGAAAAUAAAUUAGAGGCGAAAGCCAGUGGACAAUACGGCCUCCCCCUGCCGCCUGCCAGUUUGGAACGGACAUCUGAAGCCGUGGAGCCCCAUAAAGGCCGAGCUGUGCGGAGAUCAUUGGCAGCUGUGUUCGCUUUCUUUGUUCCACUUAUAAAAUCAUUGUUUGGCAAAGGAGCCCUAAAGCAGGAAUCAGUCGAUUCUUUUCAGUUCUUCAAUUAAUACAUUUUCCUUCGUGGAGGUGAUUUCUGAGCUGCUGGGGUGAAGGUAAUUAGUUAUUACGUAAAUGUCAUGUUCGAGUUUUUCCCCACCGAGACGGUCAUUACACUCUGUGUUAGUGGACACGUGUGUGUUCUCAACGCGGAAGGUGUUUGGUCUUCCUGGUUCAGCUGUUACAGCCCCACCCCUUGUAUAUCUUUCUUCACUUAUUGUGCUAAAGGGAGUUCUGGCUAAAACUCAAGGGCUCAGGGUAAAAGUGAGGAAAAUGCACAGUACAGCCCAGGAUGCACGGUUCCAUCUGACUGCGCUGAUGGAUGUGAAUAUUGAAACGAUCUGGAUUAGUACUGGAUUAUACCUUUGGCUGUCGAAAAGCAGAAAGUUCUUUAAAAAAACAGCUGCAUUGCAUGAAUAAAUGUACCUAAACGUUAUUUUCGUGGGAUUAUGUGGUAUUAUACACCAGCUAUUCAAAUCCAACGGCUCAAGCAACGUCUUGCUUCAAACAAAAUUGUAUUGAACGUUUCUUCUAAAUGGGUCUUAAGAUCUGUUUCAUACUACUCUGGUGUUUGCAGGAUCUAGGUGAAAGAUCCACCCCCAGCUGUUGUAAAUGAUAAUCCAUCUUCCCUUUUGCACACCAGACCUGGAGCCUCAUUAUAAAACGGGCUACAUACAGUUUUGAUUUCACACUCAAUCCCAAGCCAACAGACAUGAAACUACAUACAUUUAUUCAUUCAGCUGAUGCUUUGGUCCAAAGGGCCUUAAAACAUUAAGCUGCUUAUAUUUUUUUUUAAACCCAUUUCUACCAUAGGGUCAUUUUUGGUGUAUCAAUUCAGGGUGGGUAACUUGAUUAAGGGUAUUGCAGGAGGUGGGAUUUGAACCUGCGCCUUUUGGAGCUGAAUGCAGAAGGUUUAACCACUGUGCUACUAGCUGCCACUUAGAAGCAUGAACUCUUCAGACCCACUUUAGAUCAUCUGUGCAAACUAUUGUGUGCUGUAGUGCCUGCUUAACAUUUGUGUUCUCAAGGAGCUUGAACUUUUGUUCCGGGAUAUGAGCGAACGUCACAUUUCUGGAAUCUCUGCAAAUUGUAUCAGCGAGACGUCAUGUUUGGUGGCUCACGUCAAUUCAAGUGGCCACCGGUUGGCUUUGAACAGAAAAUAUAAUUCACGUAAGA